UGUACAUCUCCUUGUUCUGACCCCGUGACCUAAAUGUUGCCUUGUAGAUCUAGAACACAUGUAAACAGUACACACUACGUUCCAAGUCAACACACUUAGAGAUUUAAUGGGACAUUUCAACUGAAGACGUUGGAGGCUGUAAAACACAAUCUGUUCAUUCCGUUACUGGACUAGAUUACAAUGACCAUGCGACAUUACAGCAGCAGACGGAUAAACAAUAAAAUAGACCGCACCUUUUCUGCUCUAAUGGAUGGGAUACAGGAUGUAGACCUGUUGACUAGCACACAGAGUGCACUGUACACUUAGAUCUAGUUACGUUACCAAAUAUGCGUGAUAAAAUUCAAAACAGUUCUUGUACAGACUUCACGUUGAGAUGUAAGUCCACCCAAUAAUGCAUUUGCGAUGACAUAGUCUUUGUCACCACGUCCAAGGGAUGUCAAGAGGAGUAACCGAUGUUGUGUUUCAUUCAUUGUUUUUAAAAGAUAAAGUACAGUGAUACAAUGUACAGGAUCUAAAGUUGACAGGCUAAUAAGAUGUUUCCUAGACGAUAUUUCCUGAUUCGGAAAAUAGUUUGGACAUAAAUUCAUUUCUCUACAACUAACUAUCCAUUGACCAACAUGACAGGCCUUGCGUUAAUAAUUACAUAUUGUUUCCUGUGUUGCCUCCCCUUCUGCAUGACUAACUACUAUAGCAACUGUUACCCGUUGAGGCACCCUAAGUAUGUUAACUAUCCCAUAUGUUACGUCACAUCCAUUUCUGCUUACGACACGACCUUGAAGUCUAUACCGGAAGACGUUCCUGCCUUGGCUCUUGUAUGCGACAACUUCGCCAGAACCAGCAUCAUGUCCCCGGGUGUCUUCAGUCGGUUCACUUCGCUGAAGUCCCUGACGAUUGAGGUGUGCAACAUCUCAUUGGUGACUUCCUCUUCCUUUCGGGGACUUUCAGGUCUGCAGGAGUUGUUGAUCUUCAACAGCAUCGUCCCCGAGCUGGCCAGCAACACGUUCGAACACCUUGUGUCUCUAGAGGUUCUCGUUAUCGUAGAGACCAAGACGCCGAGACUGCCAGACAUUUCUCAUAUGACAUCGUUAAGGCAUCUGAACAUUUCCCACAAUGAUCUCCGUGAAGUGGCAUCCACUGUCACCAAUCUGAGCUCCUCGGAUUCCCGCUCUAGCUUGACUUUGAUAGAUCUGAGUUAUAACAACUUCACCUCUCUCCCAUGGGAGGUUAUUCGAGGUGGUUCUAGCCUGGAAAGCAUUUAUUUGAAGGGUCUUCCUUCUGUGACUGAGAUCACGUUCCCUAAAGACGUGAAUCUCAAGAACAUGCUCGUUCUUCAUGCUGACAACACACAUUUGAAAUCUGUGGAAAUGUCUAGUUUGGAAACAGCCACUCAGUUGCAAGAGCUACAUUUAUUUGGAUGUAACCAGCCAUUGAAUUUGUCUGGAUUUGAUGUUUUCACUCGCCUAGUUGAACUCUCGCUUAAUGAAUUCGGAAUAACAGACUCUAUAUGGUCCGAACUCAAUUCCACCGAACUCACCAGACUUGACCUAACCAACAAUAACUUAACAACAGUUCACAUCUGGCAGCUGCCUUCUCUGAGAGUCAUGCGGCUUGGCGAAAACAACAUCGCAGAGAUAGCGGAAGGAACUUUCGACCGGCAGCUCGGCCUUCUGCUCUUGAACAUGUCAUUCAAUGACGUGUCGGUGCUGCCGAAGAAAAUCUUUCAAGGAAACCCCAACCUCCAAGCUUUGAUGCUCGAUCACAACAAAAUAAAGCGUCUGGAUAGAGAAACAUUUAGCUUCGUCACCCAGUUGUUUUAUUUAGACCUCAGUUAUAAUGAGAUAUCCAUCAUAGACCUGGACGUCUUCAGGGACCUAGUUUCUAUGAGGUUCAUGUACCUUCAAGGAAACAAACUGUUAGCAUUGCCUACAAUAAACCAUAUGCUCGAACUAAACACACUGAAUGUGAGUUACAAUUACAUAUCCCAGAUCGUGGAUGGAGAAAUGGGCAUGCUUAAGCAGCUAGAAAUUGUCGACGCCAGCAAUAACAUGCUUACAUUUGUAGUGCCUCACAUGGUGAGUGAUUGUACCAGCCUGCUCAUGCUCAAUCUCCAGAAUAACUUCAUCUCCAAAGUUGGAACUUUUGGGUUUCACCCGAAUCUCCAGAUGAUUAGACUUGACAACAACUCCAUAACUGACUUCGAGUCGGCCUCUCCCUUUAUCAACAUGCUGAACUUAAAAUAUCUCUUUAUAGACGGGAACAAGCUAGUAACUCUCAGACCCAACUGGUUUCCGGUAUCGACUGUUUCCAUCACGCUUGGCGAGAAUGUGAUUACAGAGUUUUUUUCGACCAGCUUUAAAAACUUGCCGAAUUUGACUACGGUGAAUUUGGUGGGAAACAAAUUCGCUUUUUUGAUGCCUUCAUACUCAGUGAAUACUUUCAAGGUGAACUCGCCCAAACCAGUGUUUGAAGUCAGUCACAACACCUUCUGGUGUACGUGCGACAUGGCCUACCUCAAGGUGAUCAUUGAGGACGGAUACUCUAACAAUGUGUUCAGUGAUUAUUAUCCCAAGUUUCUGGGCCUUGAUACAACGUUCUGUUUGACUCCCUACGAGAACUACACGGAAAGGCCCAUUGCCGAUGUGCCUUUAAGUCACUUUGCUUGUCAGUAUAACGAGACCUUCUGUGACAUUCUUUGUCAGUGCUGUGAUUCUCCUUUAGAAGAGUGUCCUUGUGCGCUCACCUGUCCGGAAUCUUGCAAGUGCUACCAGGCAGGCAGUGGGUUUAAGAAAACAUUCUUCCACAUACACUGCAAUGAUAAGGGGUUAGAAAAAGUCCCCCAGAAAAUUCCGUCUCGUGCCACAAGUGUCUAUCUGGACGGUAAUAGUUUAAAUAAAUUGACUCAAUACGAGUUGGCACAUCUCAGCAAAGUAGAGAUUUUGUUUCUGAAUAGAAGCAAGAUUGAAAAUCUAGGAGAUGGUCUGUUUGAUAAUUGUACUUCACUCCUGCAUUUGAGACUUGAUUAUAAUUACCUUAGCAGUAUUUCAAAAUCAUUGUUUGAUAAACUAAUUGAGUUACGUUCGUUAUAUUUAAAUGAUAAUUUAAUUAACUUUAUAGCCAAAGAAGCAUUUGCUAAUCUGAACUCUGUAGAGAUCAUUACCCUUGACAAAAAUCGAUUAAUCAUGUUGGAUGCAGUCUAUGGAAUCUCUUCUUUGAAGUCCUUGACUCUAUCCGGAAAUCCUUGGCAAUGUCAGUGUAACACCAGCACCGAUGUCCUCCGGGUGCUGCACGCACUCAACGACAUCAUUGUUGACAGAGGCAACAUGUGCUGCUACUAUGUCGGGACUGCAAGAGCUGAGGAUGAAGUCAGCGCAGCUACCGUUCAGCUUUUGACGAAACUGUCAGAGCUCUCCGACAGAACUUGUUACAACCUAAUGAUAUUCCCGUACGAGGACUUGUGUGUCUUACGCGCAGACAACGUGACUGGGAGCUAUGCCACCCACAGCAGCCCCGCUGAGUCCCUGACGCUCCUCGUCUGCCUAGUUGUCGCCAUGUUCGUUUUGCUGCUCAUCGCCGUCGUGGUUCUGGUGAUCAUCUUCAAAGGUCGGGAAGUUCAAGCCUGGGUCUACGUGAACUUGGGAGUGCGGGUUUACGAUAAGAAGGCUGUGAUUGACAAGACCGAUGCUGGAAAUAAAUACUUCGACGCCUUCAUCUCUUACAGCAACAAGGACAGCGAGUUUGUCAGCAAGGUCCUGGUUCCAGCACUGGACGAGAAGGGGUAUCGACUGUGUGUUCACUAUAGGGACUUCCCAGUUGGCCAGAAUAUCACGGAUACAAUCUUCCGGGCCAUAGAAGAGAGCAGCAGGACAAUCAUGCUUCUGUCACGCCACUUUGUGGAGAGUGAAUGGUGUCGCUUUGAGUUUCAAACUGCUCAUUACCAUAUAUUGAAAGAAGGUUCUCACAGACUGGUUUUUAUUCUGUUAGAUGACCUCUCAGACGAUGAGCUGGACCCGGAUCUUAAGGUCCAACUCAAAUCGAAAACAUACUUGAAAUUUGGAGAUCCUUGGUUCUGGGAGAAGCUUUUCUUUGCCCUUCCUGAUGUCCGAAAGGUCAAGGAUGGUACAACAGAAGAGGACGCCCUGAACGGCAUGAGAAUACUGGCUGGAGAAAAAAUUGUCAACAACAAUGAUAAACCAGUCACAGUAAUCCAGGCAGACAUUGUUUUGUAAGAAAAAUGCUGAAUUAUCUGGCAACUGAUAAAACAUUGCCAAGAAAGAAAGAAAAAAAAACAUUUAAAUAAUCAGAUUAACCCCGACACUAGCACUGAUUACAGGAUCAAUACUUCUUAAAAUAGAAAGGUCUUUAACCUCGAUUGAAAAAGUAGUGCUGGAUUGACCUAAAGGCUGCACAAGCUAUAGCCAACGAGCCCCAGUCAACCAAAAUUUGGAUAUUUUAAUUUUUUUUUUGACGACAAAGCAAAGGAAAAAUUGUCUUAUGUUUAUUAUUCAGUGCCCCAAAUCUCAAAUAGCUCAGGGCCUGAUGUUUAUUAUAAAUCUGCUCGCGGACCAAACUUUAACAAUGUGCACUUAGAAAAUAUUUCGUUGUGCAACAAACCAUAGCAAUACCCUGCAUCGUGGUUACUGUUCUUGGCUCAACCAUUCAUGCGUCCAACAACAUGAUAAUCCUUCAUAAGUGAGAUCAAAUAGAUCAUUCAUGCGUACAAUCAUAUCAAUCGUUCUUGCUUGCAAUCGUGUGUCACGUUAAUCAUUCAUAUGAAUAAUCUUGACAAUCAUUUAUAAUGUCGAUCACUCGUGUGCAGAAAAGUGUCAAUCAUUCAGUAGUACAAUCAUGCCAAACAUAAAUGCAGUAGGCCUACAUGCGGUGUACAUCCUUUGUAGUGAAUCAACAGACAUUCGCCUGUAUAAUUUUUGUCUCUGGAACUAGCAAUCAGAACAAACUAAUUCUUAUUCAUAUUCACAUCUCGUUUAACUCAAGAGAACUUUU